AUGCGCUCCUCGCGGUCGGUGCCCGGACUGGGCGUCAGUCCGCUGUGGCUCCUCGAGAAGGCGAAGAACCACACGGGCUACGGCUACGACGGCCGCGUGAAUCCUGGAGAGGUCCAGUGUACUGCCGUGUCGGGUGACACACCGGACUGGUUUGUGGGCCUGAGGACCAUGGAGGGUCCCUUCCAUUGCAACACGGUGCCGGUGAGAAGAUGUCCUGAUGUGAACUUCCGCUCGGACGGACGACUCAUCUAUACCAAGAAGACCUACCACCAAGGUCAUUUCCUGGACAUCUCUGAAAUCCAUCGCAGCUACGACACCAAGGGACGACGCGUUGGCGAACCCAAGAGGAUUGCCCUUGCUGGCUGUUCACCUCCAGCACAUGUGCUGCAGCACGGAGCUCUCAGCCGUGAGACGCCCCCAUGGGAAGUGGGCGAACCACGGGCUCGAACGCCCAAGUCGCCCAGCUGGCUAGAGAAAGCCACGGCCCCUCGUGCCAAAGUGAAUCAUUUGGCGCAUGGUGCCUGGCCAGAAGUGGGAGGUGACGAUUGGCAUCAAGGACACCAAUGGACCAGCGGCUGGUUUGAGGAAUCAGUCCUGUGCUGCUUGACUUUCGCGGACUGUGCGUCCAUGCUCCUCCACUCUGUGGCUUUGAGCUGCCUGCUGAUCACCGAAGCGACUCUGGACUUGCCCUCUUGCAGCGACUGGGAUGCGGACUGGGAUGCUUGCCUUCCAGAUGAUGACAAGCUCCUGCUUCAAACGGGCGUCCGAGCCUGGGCGGCCACAGGUGUUUGUGAUGAUGUGGAGGGGAGGUUUUGGGUGCAUUGGGACCCAGAUUUCUGGGCGACUGGAUUGUACCCCAUGAAUUCCACGGUGAGUGCCGACGCGCCAAUGAUCCAACGUUCUGAACUGGGAAACCUCACCUUGUUCACAGAACAUAGCUUCCUGGCCAAAGAAGCGCGCGUGCGGAGUGUCUUGGAGAGCGGCGUGAAGUUUGGGCCCAAGACCAGCGCUGCGUUGUUUCUUUUGCUCAGCUGCACCUUGGAUCGGAUCGGGGUGAACCCGGCCGUGGGCCGAGAAGACAUGGAAGACGUUUGGGAGUCGGAUGAGUUGAGGAUCCUCAGUACCUUUGGCUUCGCGUGCCUUUGUGGGAACGCGAAGCCCUUCAUCACGGCUCCGUACUCGGAAUUUCCGGAAGAGGAGGAAAGCGAAGAAGUGCGCCAACAGUCCCUGGUGGCUUGCUACUUCGUCGUCUUCAUGGAUGCCUUUGGCUUCGGCGUCUACGCGCCCUUCGUCCCGGUCUUGGCCAAGACGUUCUCGUUGCAGUUGCACGACAUUGCCACCGUCUUAGCGGUCUUUUCCUUGGCCCAAGCGCUGAAUACGCCCAUCCUGGGAUACCUCUCAGAUCGCUUUGGUCGGCGGCCGGUGCUGCUGGUGGCCCUAGCAGCUGAGUCUUUGGCCCCUGGGGACUCGUAUUUGAUCUUGAGCGUCGCUGAGAGCUUCACGUGUCUGCUGGUGGGUUACAUCUUCGCCGGCGCCUUUUGUGCCACCAUUGGCUCCCUGGCGCUGUUCGAGUGUUUUGCGUGGUGGGAGUCGGGCACCGGGGCCGAGUGUGAAUAG